GUACACAUCCCGCUUUCCAUUUUGAAAAAACCCUUGGCGUCUGCACUCAUUCCCGCCUCUCCUUAAAAAACCCUGGUUCCCUCCCACAUUCAUCGGCCAUCACCCCUCUCCCUCAACACCCACUCUCUCUCCAGAUCAUCGGAAUGAACCGGAGGAUGAGGAGCCCGUGCAGGAGAGCUGCUGCGAGGACUGAGAGGCUGCAGCGUUUUCUGAAGCCGGGUGCGCUUGCGCGACUGCGGGACUCGAAGAUCUGCGCAAGAUCGCCAAGAUCUUUGCAGAUCUCCGUAGCACGGAUCUCUCCGCCUGGAUCUCCGGUAAUUGCUGCCUCGGCGAUGCCUAUCGAGGAGUUGGAGGGCGAGCAGAUCCGAUUCUUUGCUAGUAGGAUGUGUGCACCGCGGAUUUUGCUGAGGAAGAAGCUCGCUGCGGCCAAGUACGUUUUCUUUGCACCUCCUAGUCCAGAUCCGUCGGAUUCCGUGCUGGAUGUGUUCGGUGCUGAUUUAGUUACUGCGCAUUAAUUUGAAGAGGACGGGGCGGAUUUUUUUCUGUGUAUUUCUGUAGUAUUAUAUUUGUGUUUUCUGGUUUGCCCUAUAGUGAGAUUUUCAGCAGGUGCUGUUUUCCGUUUCUUCGACGGGUUUCAUGAAAAUAGAAAAAAAAAUUGUAGUCAAUAAAAUCGCACAUCUGUAAUCUGACUCUAAUUGUGCUUGCUUUUGUUUGAAUUUUUAGAUAUGGUGG